AUUACGAUUUUUUUUUGUGUGCGGGCUGCUGAGGCCUGCUGUUGUUGAGCUGGCUGGUGCUUUAAUUCCAUUUUGUGUUGAUGAUACGAAAGGGUGGAUUUUCUUUGUCUCCGAAGUUGGACAAAGGUUUGAAAUCCUCCAUAUAAAUCAAUAGUUCCAAAUUAGGCUUUCAGAAAUCCAUCUCGCGAGCAAUGAAGAGAUUUCGCGUCCGUAAAUUAUCACAAACGUUUUGGUCAAAUUUAUAUUCUUCGAGCAUUCUACAGUGACAUGUGUAGAAAUACCUUUAUGGAGUUUUAGUCGAUUGGAGGAAAACAAUGGGCCGUCCGAAAGAUCGCUGGUGUCAAGUUGUGAAUUGUAAAAGUUUGUGCAUGCAGUCUUAGCGAUCUUUAGGUAUUUGCAGGUGCGGUCCGACCAGCUACUUCAACUAAAGUUUUCGUUUACUAUGACCAAAAAUACCAAUUUAUUUUUCCUGCAUGAGUAACACGAACGGAUGUCGGAGGUUUUGAGCUCAAGCAACGAGAGGUGCCUGCAUACCUAUGGAUUUUCUGCCAUCAUAUUUUAUAACUCACUGUACAUUCUUAUCCAUCUGCGUUGAUAUUGAGCCGUUUUGACAUUUUAAUUUGGAAGCAAACAAACUAGGCGCUAGUGUAUGAUCAAAUAUCUCAAGUCGUGGGAGGAUCAUUGCAUAUUGCUAUGCAUUAGCUAGCUUGUUAAUACAUGGUUCGAUUUCAGUAUGUCAGCAAACAUAAAUUCUUCUCUUACGAGACAUCGUAAGUUAGUAGUCGUUUAGUGUGUUCACAAGUAGUGUUUCCCUUUUUUGACCAGCGUUAGCCUGGGAAGAGUGUGCAUCAAUAUCUAGCUCCCAUCGACUUUGAAUUUGCAUGAUAUGAUUUAUACACAACGACUCACUCGUCUACGCUUCUUCCAUUAACCACCGUUACAUUGUUAGGUGUGCAUGGAUAUUUACUAGCACCCAGCCCAAAUCAUCUAACACUGAUUCUUGAUACGAAGGUUGCGGGUGUAGAAACGAAACCAUUGAAGGCAAUAUUACAAAAAGGUUUUACGUUUAACUGGUAACAUCGGCAUCUGCAGAACCAACUAGAAUUAUGGCGUCCAGGUACUACGGGAAUAAGAAGCAAAAAAUGAAUGGAGACUACAUGAGUACCAACGGAUAUGGCGAAAUGAGUCGUGGGAAUAGAUCAACAGUCAAUGGUCACCAUAGAUACCUCACCAAUGGGCACACGAGCGAUGAUGCUCCUUCGAUGGCUAAUUCAAUGUCAGAGAUGUGCUUCUACUGCUUCGAUGUGCUGUAUCGCGAGUUAUACAAUUUAGAGGAACCUCGUAGGCCGUCAUUUACUAAUGAUUCUUAUCCAUUAUUUGUUACUUGGAAAAUUGGAAAAGACAAGCGCUUGCGCGGAUGUAUCGGAACAUUCACUGCAAUGCGAUUACACUCAGGUCUCCGAGAAUAUGCAAUAUCAAGCGCAUUAAACGACUCACGCUUCUCGCCAAUCACGCGGGAUGAGAUUCAUAGACUGACCGUUUCGGUGUCGCUGCUUCAAGACUUCGAGGAAGCGCGUGGCUAUCUGGACUGGACGCUCGGCGUACAUGGUAUUCGGAUAGAGUUCUACAACGAACGGGGCUCCAAACGAACUGCCACCUAUCUACCGCAAGUUGCCACAGAGCAAGGAUGGGACCAAAUACAAACGAUAGAUUCUCUUUUACGCAAGGGUGGUUAUCGAGCUUCAAUCACUCCCGAAAUGCGUCGUUCGAUCAAGCUAACGCGUUACACUUCCCAGAAAUGCCAUAUGACCUACGGAGAAUAUCGCGACCGACUAGAUAGACAAUCGCACUACAACCGGCGUGGUAAACUACAAUGCUAACAACGCGUGUUUUAUCUAUCUCCUUUACAACCACCACCACCUCUGCCAUUAACUCAGCGGUACAUCGACAUCACCAUCAGCAACAUCACACUCAGUCAUUGUAAAAUCUGCUGCAACUGACGACUAUGUAUCACUCGGCAUGUAACGUCACUGGUCAAGUACUGCCUGAUUAGGAUGUUGGAGUUUCGUUCUCCUCAUCCUCACCGCCACUCUUCUCAUACUCUUCGUUUAAGUUGCUUGCACUUUAACAUCACCGGCCAUUUUCGAUAUCACUAGCCGCGGAACUACCACCCACACCAGCAAUUUCUUCAGUCAUCACAGCAACAUAAUCCUAUACAACUUUUCUUACACCCACCGCUGACACCACGGUCCUGCUAUUUUCACUAAAUCUACAGAAAAUGUGAUUCAGACAGAUAAAAUUUACACAACGGUAGCUCUACUAUACGAAUUAGUAGUAUUAAUUUAAGCCAAACGAUAGGCAUUUUUUAUAAUUUAGGUCUGGCCGACAGUCUCAACUAAAAAUAUAUUUAAAUUGUCCGGUAAAGCUGGCGAAGAAUUGUUUUCGGGUGUCAUGUUUUUUAGUCUAUAAGCUCCCAGCGUACAGAAGGGAACCAAUAAAAGAGUUGAUCUUGAAUGUUUUAUUAAAUUCCAUUCGUUAUUCGAAUCAAUUGUACCUACAUAUUUUCAAACCUAAUAUUCGUGUAUAAAGUUUCGAGUGAAUUGUGAAAAAAUUAAAUCAGAUAGUAAUAGAUUGAAACGGGGCCACAUUGAAAGGUUCAAAAUUACGAAUAAUAAUCGCGCCAACAACAAAAUUUACAACAAAUCGAAAUCGAGUAGUUUUAAACCGCGUUUAAGCAAGUUAGCUUUAUAUGACGUGAGAAAAUAUGUAAAAAAACUAAAAAUUUACUACAAAGUCGCCUGGAUGAGAUCAGCCACUUUGCGCAGAAUAUUAUUUUAUGUUAUUCUACCUAGUUAAGUUGAUUCUUCGUUUUCGGUAAUAUGUUAUGUUCGUUUUUGACAGUUUUCAAGGAAUGUUAUAGUUAACACCGAUGAAUCAGUAACGUCAAUUGAAAUCGUUUUUAAAAGAAAGCAAGUUUCCUAUUCCAGCGGUUCUCAACUUUGUUUGCAUUGGACCCCUUCAAAAUCCCUCUGACCCGACCAGGAGAAAAUAACUGGGCAAUAACCCGAGCAUACUAUUUUUUGGUAUUCAUACCAAAACUUAGUAUUAAUUGAUCAUUAUACCUCAUUGAGGUAUUAAGCAAGUAUUGAAGAAACAUUUUUCAAUACCUGCUUAAUACCUUAAUGAGGUAUAAUACUUUAUUUUAGUAUUAUUUAUGUAUUCCAGUUAUUUUUACAAAUACCAAACCAAUACCUUAUUGAAUAUCUCCAUAGAGUGAAUAUUAUUAUUGGACGGUUGAAAAAUGUUUUAUUAUUAUUAUUCAGGUAUUAUAAUAACUCGUGUCAUUAUCAAAUAGUUAUUUGUAGAACAUGUCUGUGUUAUUUUUUGGUAUUUUACCUCUUAUGUAGAGCUCAUUAAUACCAUAUUGUGGUCAUUCUUCUUCGUGACACCCCAGUAACCACUUCAAGGCCCCCUAGGGGUUCGCAGACCACAGGUUGAGAAUCGCUGUCCUAUCUUUAAUUUCGAUGAUAAAGUGAAUUGUUUUCUGCAUAGAACACCGUUUAUUACAAUAACGACACGACAUGAAAAUUGAUGAAACAUGCCGAUGAAGAAGUGCCCGUCUAACUUACAACCAGUUACCAAUUUAUUAUGAUACCCUUCGAUACGAACAGCAAAAAAACCAGGCAACACUUUUGUUUAUUUGAUUAAAGCAGACAGCAAAAAUAUAAAUUUACCUCAAACUCGUGCCGACGAUGUUCGAUGAAAUAGAA